AUGUUAAUGAUAUGUUUGCUACUUCUUAAUUGCAUAACGGUUCCAGGAUUGCUUAGACGAACAAGUAGGAGAACAACAACACGGAGAACAAGACGAACGCCUUCGACUCCAAAAAUCACUGCCAGCACACCGCUCCCUGUGACAUCCUUUACUUCAAGUAUCAUAAAGAGUCAAGCUCUGAAUCCAACGUAUCAGAAUUCAUUUCGGACCAGAUUUCUCACCGGAGCAGUAAGAGGAGCGUUGGUGUACAGCUACUUGUAUUCUGCAAAUCGUGCUUAUAGUGGCCUAUACACUCCGUAUGGAACAUUAAAUGUACUAAUACCACAAAAACGGGCGCUGAGGAUAGCCAAGGAAGAGUAUAAAGUACAAACAGCUGACGGUAUUGACUGCACUAGCGGUACAUUAAGGGAGGACUACGCUACCUCAAUAAAAAAUGUGACAACGAAAAUUGCGUAUCAAAUACCUGCACAACAAAAUUCCGAAACCACUGCAAAUCCUUCUGCAACAAAUGUGAAUCUGAAAGACGUGACAACUGUUGACAGUUAUCCC